AGAAAGUCGGCCAACAAUCACCUUAGUGGCUACGUGUCCGUGGAACGAACAACACAGACAGAAAGACAGACAUGGCGGAGUAUCGUGCUAACAAGGCCGGCAUUAACGCUGAAGCACAGGCGAGAAUUAAUAGCAAGUACAAUGAUGACAUCGCUCAUGAAACACUCGAAUGGAUCAAGAAGCUAACCGGCUCGCCUUCUGACACCUCGGGUAAUGUCGACAACCUUUAUGAAGUGCUCAAAGACGGUACGCUUCUAUGUAAAUUGGUCAACGCUAUACAAGAAGGCUCGGUUAAAAAGAUUAACCAGUCAACCAUGGCCUUUAAAUGCAUGGAGAAUAUCAACGCAUUCCUCGAGGCAGCUAAGAAGUUAGGCGUGCCGCCGCAAGAAACCUUCCAGACUAUUGACCUUUGGGAGAGGCAGAAUUUGUAUUCAGUGGUAAUCUGUCUGCAGUCUUUGGGUAGAAAGGCGGGUAACUACGGCAAGCCUUCUAUCGGGCCUAAGGAAGCAGAUAAGAAUGUCCGCGAAUUCACCGAGGAACAACUCAAGGCGGGGCAGAACGUCAUCUCUCUGCAAUACGGCAGCAACAAAGGCCAGCAGUCCGGUAUUUCGUUCGGCAAUAGACGUCAAAUGUGAUAUUAUUAAUUUAAAUGUUUUUUUUUUAUAAAAUUUAAUAAACAGUAUUUUGUAUUUUCUUAAA